UUGUAAUGUCAAUUUUGCUCUUUCCACGAUCAGGUCAAACCUCGUUUCUUUGAGCAGGAUGGGCUGCUUUACAGUUAUGAGAGGCAAGAAGAAGAAAAACCAGCAUUCUUUGAGCAAGAAGCCAGUUUCUGUAAUUGAGAAUAUCAGUAUUGCACUUCCUGAACCUGAAACUUGUGGACCAUCUCUCCAGUCCGCUCCUCCUAGUUUUAGGAAUCGGACAAAACAGGUUCAUUCAUCCACCCGAGCAACGAAUAAUAGAGCUCGGGCACUCUCUGCGCCUUCAAGCUUAAUUGUGGCUGAGCAGUAUGUUUCUUCUUCUAUUGAAUUGGAGGACCAAGAAGAAAUGAAGACUCGAGGUGAACCAACAAAGGAUCAGCGGUUCUCUAAUCCUCUUCCUCUCCCGUUGCCAUCUACACAGGGUACUUCUGUGCUGAAGAAUAUGGGAAGCUUCAAAUCAAGCAAUGGUGCUGGUCCUGUUCCAAACUCUGGUCCACUGCCUCUGCCUCCAUUAGGGGGAGGAGGCCUUCGGAACUUCACCUAUGAAGAGAUUGCUGCUGCAUGCCAACAUUUCUCAGCUGAUAGGUGUGUUUCUGAAGGUAUCUCUUCAACUUUUUACAAAGCAACAUUUGGAGAUGAUUCGGUGGGAUCAAAGAAGCUUGAGACUACAGUCACUCGUCUAAUUCCAUCCUCUCAGAAUUUAAAAGAUUUUAUCAAUGCGGUGAACACUACAGCAUCGUUACAGCAUCCCCAACUUUGUAAGUUGCUUGGUUUCCAUGCACGUGAGGGUUCUGAUCAAAGAAUGUUGGUCUAUGAGAGGCUCUACCAUGGAAGUUUAGACCGACUGCUCUAUGGGAGAUCUGAUGGGCCGACAAUUGAUUGGCCUGGACGGAUAAAGCUGGCCAUUUGUGCUGCACGCGGUCUUGCUUUCUUGCACGAAGAAGGGCCCUUCCAGGCCAUGUUUCAUGAGUUCUCAACUGCAAAUAUUCAAGUCGACAAAGAUUUCAGUGCAAAACUAUCGGGAUAUGGAUUUAUGAACUAUAAUCCAGAGGCAGAUAUAGUAAACACUUCAGUGGCCAGUGCAAACCUAUCCGUGGAGACUCUAGAGAAAGGCUUGCUAACACCUAAAAGCAAUGUAUGGAGUUUCGGCAUUGUCCUUCUUGAGCUCCUCACUGGUAGGAAGAAUCUCGAUUCCCGCCACCCAAAAGAAGAGAGAAAUAUCGUCAAGUGGAGUAAGCCUUUUCUCGCUGAUGAUUGCCGCCUCUCCCUCAUCAUCGACCCUCGAAUUAAAGGGCGGUGCCCGCCAAAGGCUGUUCGAACCGUUGCUGACAUUGCUGUAAAAUGCCUUCAGAAAGAUCCAUCAGAGAGACCUACCAUGAGAACUAUUGUUGAAGUCCUCAGUAACGUCCAAGAUAUCAAGACUCCUUGUCGCUACCCGCUUCAAGAACCAACAGCGGUAGUAAGAAAGCAGAUGUCGAAGUCCACAAGCCUCAACGGUCUCAUAGUUCCAGCACCAGCAAUGUAUUUUUCACCUUCACCGCCAUCUUCAAUGACCCGGCCAUUAGUUUCACCCAGAAUCUCACUUACAGAAUCAGUGCCUCCUGUAACUUGUGCCUCCACUCUCACUAUGGAGGAAUCGAGGCUAUUUUCUGUCAAGAAGUUGCCAUCUCCCAGCCUCCGUUGGCCUGGUGUGGAGGGGUUCUGAUUGCUUGCUGUAUACAACUUUUUCAUUAUUUUUUUCUUUUUUAAUUUAUAUUUGUAUCUUUUUGAAAUGUCAUGAUCUAAAGUGUUAUAUAAUGUUUCAGCUAUGUAAGGUUAUCUGCUCGUCCACUCACUGAAGAAUAAAAGUAUUGUAAAUAAAAUGAGUAUAUGAGUUGUCUUCAAUGGAAGUA